AUGAACUCGGAAGAUUCAGAAAAUACUUACGCCCGAAAGACGCACGAUAAUCAUGGAAUCUCAGAAGAAAUCGAGUCUUUACGCGACGUUGACACUGAUACUGAUGAAGUGGAGAUACCGAAAUUGAAUAUUCACAAUCGGCAAGAGUUGGAAGCCAAACUUGUUCGAAAACUAGAUACAAGAUUGUUGCCACUAAUGAUGUUGAUAUAUGUUCUCAAUUAUUUGGAUAGAAAUAACAUUGCGACGGCGCGUCUGGGCACGUUAGAACAUGAUCUCGGACUCCAAGGCAAUCAAUAUAACACAAUCAUCAGCAUUUUCUUCGUGGGUUAUAUCUUGACUCAAAUCCCAACCAACAUGAUUCUCAACAGGAUGAGACCAUCCUUAUUUCUUCCAGGUGUUAUGUGCUGCUGGGCAAUCGUUAGCAGCUGUACUGGUGCUGUGAAAAGUUAUCAUGGAUUGCUGGCCUUGCGAUUUGUCCUUGGCUUUGUUGAAGCUCCUUUUUUUCCUGGCGCCCUAUUUCUCUUUUCAUCGUGGUAUACUAGAAAAGAACUUGCAGCCCGCAUAUCUAUCCUCUAUGUUGCCGCACAAAUAUCCGGGGCAUUUGGUGGCCUCCUUGGUAGUGCCAUCAUGUCUGGAAUGGAAGGAAAGGCUGGGCUACCAGCAUGGAGAUGGUUAUUUAUAAUUGAGGGAGCUUCCACGAUUCCGGUGGCUCUUCUGGCCAUGGUCAUCCUACCAGACUACCCAGCAACUACCAAGUGGCUCACCGACGAAGAACGAACCCUUGCCAUCGCUCGUUUAGCUGAAGAUGCCCACGAGAGCGAUGACGAAGAAACCAACAACCCGUUCGGGGGCCUAAAACUUGCAUUCACCGACCCAGUUCUCUACAUCAUCUGGCUAAUGCAGCUGGGACUCAACACUUCGGCCUGUUUCACCAACUUCUUUCCAACUAUAGUCGCAACACUGGGCUACGGUACUACAGAAACACUACUCUUAUCCGCACCCCCAUACAUUUUUGCUGCAAUUCUGAGCGUCAUAAACUCUUUCCAUAGCGACCGUAUUGGCGAACGCUGGCUUCACGUCGUGUGGCCCCAGGUAUUCAGCAGUAUCGGGUUCAUCAUUAGCGCGGUGACGCUGAAUGUGGCCGCACGGUAUACAUCGACCUUCAUGAUGAUGUCCAUCUACGCUUCGUUUGGGUGCAUUCUCUCUUGGGUAUCUACUUCAUUGCCGCGGCCUCGGGCUAAGCGCGCGGUAGCAUAUGCCGUCGUCAAUGCGGGAUCGAAUUUUGCAUCGAUCUAUGCUAGUUACUUUUAUCCUGCCUCGCAGGGACCGGGGUACUGGCAAGCGAACGUGGCUAAUGUGGCUUUCUGUGGACUAUGUAUUCUCAUGGCCACUAUUUUGCAUUUUAUGCUACGACGGCGUAACUGUCGUUUGGAUGAUGCUGCAAAUAUUUAUGUUGCAGAUGGUCGCGAUCCCAGUAUGGAGGGAUCAUACUGUCAUGAAUUGGCGGUGCGGUGGAAUUGUCAUCCGAAUUAUCGCUAUACUACUUGA